UGCAGAAACGUGGGUUCGAAUAGUAUGAAGAACCCAACUGUCGUCACGCCACGCUAGAUGUUAAAAUAUGAAGCCGGUUCCGUAUUUUAAUAAGAAGCUUUUUUACCUCAUUUGCGGUCUUUCUACGCUCGUUUAUUUCUUAAAAUGGAAUUUUCAAAGCACUUAUCCCACCCCAUUAUAUGGAGCAAAGAAAUCAUACGUUUCUGCGGCUUUAAGCCGCUCCUAUGACGUCACAAGAGCGACUAUUCGUCAUACACCAUGUGAGGAAUUCGGGGAACCCCCCAACUGGAGUAAGAAGUUUAAACCCCUGCUUAAAAUGGAUGAGACGAAGUAUUUGUAUCCACAAAUAUUAGAAGGGCUUGGAAAUCAAUUGAUUGGGUUGCAACUUGGAAUACAAAUGGCUGUUCGUCUCAACCGCACCUUGGUGCUCCCGGCAUUCAUGGUUCACAACAACACAAAGUCGAUACCUACGUCACAAGUUAUUGACGUCACGAAGCUGAGGAAAUCUAUUUCUGUUAUUUCUGUGUCAGAGUUAAAACAAAGCUGCCGUGGAAAAUUCGAUGCAGUUUUUUUGUUGUCUCAUAUCUGGCCGUUCUACUUGAAGACAGCCGAACAUUACACAGAAAUGAAACUAAUUCGCAACUACACGGCUCGUUUAGAUGAAGAUCAUCGGCUUUUCCCCGCCGACCUGGCUGCAUUUGGAAUCAACGCUUACCCAAAGAAUUUUAAACCGAAGAGCAGGGUUCUUAUAACACCGAGGUCGGAGAUUAAGCAACGCUUCGCAACUGACGACAAAUGCGUCGUGUUGCUGACCAAUAUAUUUGGAUUUCCAAGAAUGGACGACUUCCCUCGAGAUCAUGGGGCGGUAGGAUAUAACAUGUCGGACGAACAAUUGUAUUCCUUGUCGUAUAAAUUGUCGAGAAGACCGCCCAUGGUCGACAAGAUGGCGAAAGAGUUUGUGUCGAAAACACUUGGAGGAAACUUCGUGUCCCUCCAUUUCCGAUACGACGAAGGUGAUUGGAUGACAGAUCAUCGGUGCAAGUAUCCUGCUAAGACUAAAACUUGCGAGAUGGUUCGAAAGAAGAACGCGUCUCUUACAAUGGCAACGAAAAUGAGCCACUUUUUGAAAGUCAAACACCAUGGUAUCAACAAAGUCUACAUUGCCCACCCGCCAACCAAUGCCCACUUUAUCACACAAUUUAAAGCUUAUUUCAAGCGCAAGCGUCCGAAGAUUGAAUUCUUCAAUUCAUCCGAUCUUGUUCGAGCUCUGAAGUCGAAAUUCCACGACUGUUUUCACAAAGUUGAUUUCGGAACUGCAAUGUCAAUGUUGGACAUGGAAGUCUGCACGAAAAGUGACUUGUUUAUUUAUUCCGUCGCGUCAACUUGGUCCGACAGAGUAAGAACAGCAAGAAACAACAAGAACAGCAUCAGCGUGAACCGGUUUUUACAAUAAUUGAAUGAGUGGAUGUCAUUAUUGUGUGGUCACACGCGAUGCCACCGCAUAUGAUGCGCAAUAGAAUGUCAAUUAAUAAGUGGAUUGAAGUGGAACUUAUUUAACCUUGAUUGGCGGGCAACAAAAGUUAUAAAACUGAUGUUUUGUUUCAUACACCUCGUGCCUGUUUACGAGUUACCAUGUAUGUAACUUAUUUAUUCUCGCAUGGCGUGGUAACGAUAGUCGUUAUAACACGGAUGUUUUGUUUCACACAUCUCGUGCCCAUUUACCAGUUAUGUAUGUACUUUAUGACCAAUUAAGCGUUACCUCGUUCCGCAACCAAGUUGCUUAUAUGUUUGUUCCGUUUUAUGUUUAGUGUUCCGUUUCGAUUUAUUGGUAUUGUAGAAACUACAAUUGCUCAUCACCAUUUUGUGUCUUUGUUCUGUAGAAACGUCUGUAUACGAUACCGCCGUUCGAUAUUUUCGUUUACAAUAAAUAGUGCUCCAUGUUAAACA